AUGGCACCAAAGAAGAGUGCCCCACAGGCAAAAGGAGGCAAAAUGAAAAAGCCCGCAAGCAGCAAGGUCCAGAAACGGCCUGCGGCGGCGAAGGCCGCGCUGAAGCGACCAGCGGCCAUGAAGCAAACACCAGCAAAGAAGGCCAAGACCGUGGCCACGGAUCCAGUGCUCCAGGAGCUUCGAGCCUGGGUGGUGAAUCUGGAGCGUCGUCCCGACAGGUGGAAGCGCGUGGCGACGAUGUUGAAGAAGGAGCUGCCUUGGUUGUCCUUCGAGCGCUUCCUGGCUUCGGAUGGAUCGAAAAUGACGAUUCCCGAAGAGGACAUCGCUGUCAAAUGGAGCACAUCCCGAAAUGCACUCUUUGCUGACUACUUCGAGUGGGUGUUCGAGGAUGGCAGCCCAUGGAUGUGGGCUGCUGAUGCUCCAGAAGAAGAUGACAAUUGGAUUUUCCAUGAAGACGGGCCUGAAUUCAGCUAUGUGCGCGAUGCACCAAGCUUCGAUGCUCAGCCGCCUCGAAAGGGGACUGUGACGAAAAAGUCUACGGGUGAGAAGUUCCAGGUUCGGCUGUCUUUUGCACAGCGGUUCCGCGAUGGUCAGGAGCAGCUAAUGUCUGGCGGAGAGCGUGGCUGCGCCCACUCGCACUUGCGCCUUUGGCGCCUUGCCGCCGAGCGAGAGCAGCCCACACUGGUGUUGGAGGAUGACGUUCACCUGACCUUUGAUCGUAAUGGCGAUCUAGGCAAGAUGAAUGGCAAGGUUUUCACCGACCGUUUGACGAAAGCCCUGCAGCGAGUACCCUCAGACUUUGACGUGGUGUACUUGGGCUGGUCUGGAUGGCGAGGUGGGAACUUCAUGCACAUGCAGGAGUCUGAAAGCACGCUGUCGGCAGAGGACCGAAAGUUCGUCCAGAAGGCAGAGUACGUGUGGACGACUGUUGCAUAUGUCCUCUCGCAGGCUGGUGCAAAGAAGCUGCUCUUGGCAGCCAGCUCUUCUGUCAACCAGCCGGUUGACAACUUCAUGGCAUACGAGGCCAGCCAGGGAAAGCUGAACUCGUAUGUCUGCCUAGACGAGGGUGACGAGGACAGCACGUGGGCUGGUGGAAUCGUUGAUCAGUUUGACUUCCAGGGAGAUUCGGACAUCAAGAAGUCUGAUGGUGGCCAUCAGGGAGAUGAUGCCAAUGAGUUCGCGACGUCCUAA